GACGAUAACAACGUGUGAUCGCUCUCAAAUCAUUUUGACUUUUUGUCUGCUGCAAAUAAUUUGUGAAAAAGCCAAAAUGAUGGAAUUCUUUUUGCAGUACAUCACGGCUGAUAUAAAAUAUAAUUUUUGGAGCGACGAGGAUGGCCACCAAUUUCGUGAGGAUUGGGUAAAGUGUCGCCUAAACAUAAAAUAUCUGGAUUCGCCCACCAUUCAAAUCAGUUGCUAUGCCGUUAAUCAUUAUGAAACGGUUCCGUUGAAUGUUGAUAUCAAUUUUGCCGAUUUUCGUUUUGAACGAGCCGCUGAAGCAUCCGGCACGAAAUCAAAUCUAUUCGUUCUGACUUGGACGCAUAAUCAUGAAAUGAACGAAUUUUAUAUUUCCAUCGACAAUGAAACACAAUACAAAAAUUAUGAAAUUUAUCUUAACAACUUGAUGAAAAUUUGUCGAAUCGCCGAAAAUGAACGUUUAGAGGCGCAGCCCGUUGAGCCAUUGUCGGUGUCAUGUCAAAAUAUUCUCAGUUCAUCGCUUUCAUUAUUUACAACAUCAACAAAUGCAAUCGAAGAUGCUAUGAACGAUGAAGAAUCAAAUCCAAAAAAGAACAAUGGAAAAUGUCGAUUCGGUUUGUCGAAUAUGAAAAAUGCAACAAAGAAUGCGGCAAAAAAGUUUAAUCGAAUGUUUGUAAAGGCAAAAACGAGACUGAUGCAAAAACCAUCGUUCAAACAUUUGGUGGAUAUUUCAAUAUCGUCGGCUAGCACCCAAUUCACUGACACAUCGUAUGUCUGCAAUGACGAUGACUUCGAAGAGAUCGAUUUGAAUGAAAACUUCGGAUUUUCAUCAGAAAGCAUAAUGCUUGUGGACACUUUGAAUCAUCAUAAUAAUGUCAAAGAGAAUCGUUUGUCUCACUAUUCAUUCAAUUCGACAGCAACAGCAUGCACUGAAUUAUCAACAACCAUUGCAAACGAUUCAAUCAAUCAAAGUGUUGCAGAAACAACAAUAAAUAACUCACAUUCGAUGCAACAAAUUUUCAUUGAAUCGAUUGCCGAUUUGCAUGUGAUUUGUGCACAACAUGAAAUCAAACCGGUCGAAAUGAUCGAAAUGCAAGAAGUUGUUCGGGAACGAGCACCGUCCAGAGUAAAAAUAGCACAACGAUUAAAAUUGUGCGAUAGUAUUUGUGAGAUACCACCGGACAAGGAAGAUAUCGAUAAAAACGAUCGAGAUGAUGAUGUUGCGGACGAUAGAAAACCGGAGAGAAUAACAUACAAUGAUUUAUCGGUUUGGUGGGAAAAUGGUGCGAAAGAAAAAAGAGACUUCCAGUCAAAUCGCUAUUUCAACGAAAUAAAAACCGAAGAAUCGUUUGCAAAAAAAUUCGCUCAAACAUAUCGGCACAUAUAUCAAACGAUUAUAUCAAAUUCAACAUUUCUUUUUGCUUUUUAGCAUUAUCGUUGGUCUCUUUUCAGUUUUAAGUAAUACACAAUUCGAAUCAAAUUUUACCGCUUAAAAUUGAUGAACGAGUUGUAACAGCUUCAAAAUCAUGUCGAAAGCUCACUAUUCGGUCAGAAUAUUGCAGUUUUUUCAUUUUCAUGAGACAAUUCACCUUCUUUUUAUUCAGAUCAUAUUGAUUCAACUCCAUUUUUUUGAAAAUAAGAAAAAAGCAGGGAAUUCACUUGCUAAUUUCAUUUUGUUAAAAAAAACACUCCUAAUUUAGUUUAUUUAUUUCAACGAAAACUAGAUUAUAAGUUUUAGAGCACAAUUUAUGAAGUUCCUGCUUAAUUUAAUAUCACCAAAUGAUCGAUAUGUUUAAUGUCGUUUUUUCUAUCGCUUGAUCGAGGAGAAAUCUCCAAGCAAAAACUCACUAUUCGUUUGGAAUAUUGCAGAUUUUUUUGGCUUUUUGGAGGAAAUUUCUCCGGCAGUUUAAUUUUGAUUAAGUUUCCGAUUCAACUUUAUUUUCUCAAACGAAAAUAGAGACUUGAGUCAAUAUUAUGUGAUUUUUUUCCAGUCAAUGGUUCACUACUUGGAUAGGAGUAAUGAUACUUUUUGCGUUGGAAUUUUUUUCAUUUGCUUUGGACUUUUUUGGUCAGUUUAGCAAAUUUAAAAAUAAAAUGUAUCAAUUUAAUUGGUUGGUAGGAUAAGAAGCAUUAAGUAGUUCGUAAAAAGUGCAAUAUAUCUUUAACUUGAAUAAUUUAGGAAAAAAAUGGAGAAAAAUGUGGAAAUGGUUUCAAGUAUCGCGCGAAAGAAGAUUCGAAUCGAAUUUAUAAAUGUUAAUUGAUACACGAGUCACGCUCAGAGAGAGACUCAAAGUUUUCUUUUAUCAAAUGCUCAAUAUUCCAAGUGAAUAAUGCAGAUUUUUUGAUAAAAAAGAAGAGGCGACAUACUGAAACCAUUUCUCACAAUAAUUUAUUUUCAAUUCAAACAGAUUU